AUGGUGUACGGUAGUGUUUACCCAUCUCCGCAAGAAGAGGCCAUUUCUGCUGCAGAACGUACAGGGUUGCAACCUUUCUCAUUGCCUUAUGGCAAUGGGGAGGAAAUAUCAUGGAUCGGCAGCUAUUCUCUGGCAAAGGGAGGAACUAAGGCUGCACAAUAUAAGCAGCCAUUUUAUGGAGAGGAGGAAGCGGCCAGGAACCUCGAACGAGUGCGGGAAGUGAAAAGGAUGUUCAAGCUUGCAAAUUUGGAACGACGUAAACACUUAGCCGAUCUAGAAGAAGAGGAUUUAGAAAGGAUGACUACGAUGAGAUACCAGUCGACAAAAGUGUAA